AUGCGGAAGCCCGUUAGUAGGAACUCGAGAGCUGCCCGUCAGGCUGCCGGUGCAUACGAUGACCCGAAUGUGGACACUUUGGCGGACGUCCCCCGUGCUGAGAAGACGGACCUGUCCAACGUUGUGAUCCGUGCUGCGGCGAAGAACGAGGCACUACUGGACGCUAAGAUCAACAAGCGGAGGCGCGGCGACAGGAAGAACCGCGUUGGGAAGAAGUUCCUCGAGGAGCGGCUCGCUGCGAGCGCGACGUCCUCGGACAAGGGCCGGCUGGAACGUGCCCUGAACAUCACGAACCGGCUGGACGGAAAAAUUUCCAGGUCCAUCUCGAGGGCGAAGUACGUUCAGGCCUCGCGCAAGGCCGGCUGGGAUAUGACCAACGAUAACAUCAGGAGGGAGGCGCAGCGUCAUGCGGGCGCUGCUGCAGCAGUUGCAGACAAGGCAGCGGAAGCUACAGAGGAGAGUACGGAGGCUGAGGCUGGUGCGGACGAGGAGACCGCAGAAACAUUUAAAUCAGAGUCUCAGCAAAGACCCAACGCCCAACAAACGAACCUGUUUGCCCUCUUACCGGAUGUAACUGACGACUAA